AUGAGUGGAUUUACAAGACACGACUAUAUCAGCGAUGCCAGACCAGCUGAAUCCACAUCAUCUGUCAGCGGCCUGACCUCUUCCUCUAUUUGUCUGCCACCUUCGAUUCGCAUUGUCAUUGCCCGUGCUGCAGUGGGGUUGCCAGACGAAAUGGCGGCUAUUCACUAUCAACAACAACUGCUGUUUGAUAGUCAGAAUAUAUUGGGAUCUAUUUGAAUUAAAUUCACAAUGGACGUGGAGGAGAAUGAACGACUACCCCUUCUGGAUAUUGAAGUCAUGCGCACCAGAGAGACACUCAUGAGGAAACUUUACAGAAAGAAUUCGCAAGGUGACGAGAAAGGAACAAUUGGAAGCACAGAGAAGACGUCUUCA